UGCGUCAAUGAUGCCGUGGGAGCGUGGCACGCCCAGCUUCUUAGUCUAGUAUGGCAGCGUCAUCAGCAGACUAACCUGAUGAUCCUAUCGUUUUCCAACUUUGAAAGCUCAUGAGGCUGGAUUGACCGCUUUGCUUGCAUUGCAAACAACACAAUGACCUUGGCCAAUGUUCUCGUGAACAGAACAACAACAACCAUUCGAGAGCGCGUAUCUUGCCCACAUAACAUACGAGAGAGACUCACCGUCCCCCAAAGCCUGUUAUGUACGGCGGUAGGUGGUACACCGACCGAGCCUUUCAUUUCCCUUCCCCCCUCACCCUCCUCUCAUCCAAUUACGGGAUCUGCAAAGAUGAUACAAGUUCAAGCGUUGUACCUCCUAGAAGGCGCAAAACAACCAACGCAAUUCUCUGUUUCAGUCUCGCUCUUUUGUUCGUUCUCUCUUUUUCUUCCUUUUCCCCUGCCCGGCAUCCCACCACCCCACAUGAUCGGGGAACGGGGAUCGGACAGUUUUUUUUUUUCGAUCAUAACAUCGAGGCGAGGCGAGAGGCCAUGAGGGAACCACAUGGUUUGUUGUUUCUGACCGGUUGUUGUGUCCGCGCGUCAGUCAACAUUGUCUCAGAUUUUUUCUUGAAUAUGGAUGGCGAGGGGAGGAGGAGGAAAGCGGGAAAGCAAAAAAAAAGGGCAAUAAAAAGGAAAAGGAGAUUACGCAGGCUUUUUGGUUAUACACUGGGGCUACUACCGUACACGACAGCUCUUUUUGUCGGACUUGAGGAUUUGGGGGGGGGAAGGCGGUCGGAUGGGAGAUGACCGAGAAGGAAGAAGCAUCUUUUUCUUGCAGAAAGACAAACAGACAGACAGACAGACAGACAGACAGACCUACGAUGAG